AAUGGAAGUACAAACAUGUUUUCUUCUUCAACGUAAUGAGAAUACGAGCAAACACACAUGGCUACAAACUCUGAUGAGAACAGGAAAAGUACAGUAGCAAGGUUUAUUCACCAGAUGAAGAAUACAUCAGGCGCAAUUCCUUGCGAACUCUGUCAAUGUAUUCUUUGGACUUCCUGUCUAUGUCAGACUCUGCAUACUCCUCAUCGUCGCUUGGUCGAUUCUUCCUCGGCCUCGGCUGCUCUGCUUCAGCUGCCUCCUCUCCCUGGUAGCGCGUCUUCUUGAAGCCGAAGAAGAGAGGAGAAGCAGCCUCGUAAUUUAUAGCAGAAGGGAGAGGCCAGUAGGCUAACAAGCAAACUCGAGGCAAUCACAGACGUCGAUGACAUCCGAUCGAGCGAUCAAGAUGGACGAGAGGUUGCUGGUUCAGCAGAAACCGUGCACUAACCUUGAAGUCACAAGGCGAAGGAAGAAGAAACUUGCAGCUUCUUUACAGCUUGGGAAUCUUUCGCUGUGAUUGGCUUCACAAGGGUGUGUGUUCAAAGAUUCUUCCUCUCAACCCGGUAAACACGGGCCUUCCUGCAAGCUUCCCUGCUGAUACUGCUUCCUGGUCUGUGGCAUUGUUUGGUACACCAACUCGGUAGACUGAUACAAGCAAGCAAGCAAGCAAUCAACGCGUUCCCUCUCCUCUCGUGUGCUGUUUCAGAUCGUUCUUGCGGUUCCUAAUCCGUCUGCAAGUGUCAACCUAACAACGGAGAAGGGUUCUCCAAAAGCAAGUCAAAAGUUGGUGGAACCUUAACUGAGAUCUAUCAUUGUUUACGAUCUAGGAAUCAUUUAUAUCUUGCAGUUGUGAUAAGGGAUCCAUGGCUGCAUCAGAGGAAAACAGCUCUUUGUUCCCAAUCUUCAUACUUACGAUCAUGGCAAUACCUAUAGUGCCUUACACGAUCCUCAGGUUAUCCCGUGCUUUUACAAGGAAAACAAAGAGCAUCCACUGCCAAUGCGAUGUAUGUUCACGAUCAGGGAAGUACCGAAAAUCCAUUUUCAAACGGAUCUCAAACUUCUCGACGUGUAGCAAUCUAACACUUCUGCUGCUUUGGGUCAUAAUGGGGAUCCUGGUUUAUUAUAUUAAACACAUAAGCCGUGAGAUUCAACCAUUCGAACCGUUCAGCAUCCUAGGACUAGAUCCUGGAGCCUCCGAUUCGGAAAUAAAAAAGGCAUAUCGAAGACUGUCGAUUCUGUAUCAUCCAGAUAAAAAUCCUGAUCCAGAGGCCCAUAAGUAUUUCGUGGACUUUAUAUCCAAGGCAUAUCAAGCACUGACUGAUCCUAUUUCUCGUGAAAAUUUUGAGAAGUAUGGCCAUCCAGAUGGCAGACAGGGACUUCAAAUGGGGAUUGCUUUACCUCAGUUCUUACUGAACUUUGAUGGGGCAUCUGGUGGAGUACUAUUGCUUGGCAUUGUUGGAGUUUGCAUACUUUUGCCUUUAUUGAUAGCGGUUAUAUAUCUCUCAAGGUCAUCAAAAUAUACUGGAAAUUAUGUUAUGCAUCAAACCUUGUCCACAUACUACUAUUUCAUGAAACCAUCUUUGGCUCCAAGCAAGGUUAUGGAUGUCUUCAUCAAGGCUGCAGAAUAUAUGGAAAUGCCAGUUCGCAGAAGUGAUGAUGAACCCCUUCAGAAACUGUUUGUAGCAGUUAGAAGUGAACUGAAUCUUGACCUUAAGAACAUCAAGACAGAGCAAGCAAAGUUUUGGAAGCAGCAUCCUUCGCUAGUUAAGAUGGAAUUAUUGAUCCAAGCCCACUUAACUCGUGAAUCAACUUUGCUAUCUUCAUCACUACUGAAUGAUUACAGACGAAUGCUAGAACUUGCACCUCGUCUUCUUGAAGAGCUAGUAAAGAUUGCUGUAAUACCACGUAGUCCCCAUGGCCAUGGAUGGCUGAGGCCAGCAAUUGGUGUAGUUGAACUUUCACAAUGCAUCAUCCAGGCGGUACCACUAAGUGCAAGGAAAGCAACUAGUGGAAACCCUGAAGGCAUAGCACCUUUCUUGCAGCUUCCUCAUUUUACUGAGUCUACUGUCAAAAAAAUUGCCCGCAAGAAAGUGAAAAUGUUUCAAGAACUGCGAGACAUGACUGUUGCGGACCGUGUGGAGCUGCUGACUCAGUUUGCUGGGCUUUCUGACACUGAAGUACGUGAUGUCGAGCAUGUACUCGAAAUGAUUCCCUCGAUCGCUGUAGACAUCACAUGUGAGACUGAAGGGGAAGAAGGCAUACAAGAGGGUGACAUCGUCACGAUGUAUGCUUGGGUGACACUGAGGCGUGGUAACGGCUUGAUAGGUGCCCUUCCUCAUGCCCCCUAUUACCCGUUCCCCAAGGAGGAGAACUUUUGGUUGCUGCUUGCUGAUCCCGUCUCAAAUGAUGUUUGGAUAUCGCAAAAGGUGAGUUUUAUGGAUGAGGCAGCCGCCAUUGCGGGCGCAUCAAAGGCAAUUCAAGAAACAAAAGAGAGUUUGGGUGCAAGUGUGAAAGAAAUCAGUGCUGCCGUGAGAGAAGCUGUCGAGAAGGUGAAGAGUGGGUCGAGAGUGGUGAUGGGCAAGUUCCAGGCUCCUGCCGAGGGGAACUACAAUCUGACCUGCUUCUGCCUGUGCGAUGCAUGGAUAGGUUGCGACAGGAAGACGAACCUUAAGCUGAAGAUUCUGAAGCGAAGCCGAGCAGGUACAAGGGGCCACAUCGCGGAGGAAGGGCCGACGGCAGAUGAGGGCAUCGAAGAAGAGGAAGAAGAGGAGGAAGAAGAGUACGAUGACUAUGAGAGCGAGUACAGCGACGAUGAGGACGACGAGAAGGAAAAGAAAGGUAAAGUUGCAAACGGCAUUGCCAAUAAGAAAGAAGAGUCAACUCCAGAAGGUUCAGGCAGCGACGAGGAGUGAAGAACUCUAUUUACAAAGUUUUCAUUAAUUCAUCCUGUAGAUCAAAUUGUGGGCUCUUGUCCGAAUCAUGCCAACAUUAAUGCUUUAAAAUUCACUUUCAUA